CCGCCGCCGCGCCGCCGGAGCUCGGCCCGCGCCGCCGCCGCGCCAUGAGCCAGUUCAGCUUCGGGGCGGCCGCGCCCGGCGGCGCCUUCAGCCUGGGCGCGCCCCGAGCCGCCCCCGCCGCCACCACGGCCACCAGCGGCUUCUCCUUCUCCGCGCCGGCGCCCGCCCCCGCCUCCACCGGCUUCAGCUUCGGCGGCGCGGCGCCGGCGGCGGGCGGCGGCCAGCCCGCCGGGCUCUUCUCCUUCAACAGGCCGGGCACGGCCGCGCAGCCCUCCGGCUUCAGCUUCGGCUCGGCCAGCGCCGCCCCCGCCGCCCCGGCAGCCGCCGCCUUCCCGCUGGGGGCAAACACUCCCAAAGUGACCUUUGGAGCCAGCACUGCCACUCCAGCUCCUGGAAUCACGGGGGGCUUUUCUUUUGGCACCCCUGUGGCAGCCAGCACACCCUCGAGUCAGGCAGCAGCCCCGUCUGGCUUUGCCUUUGGCUCUGCUGGCAGCAGCAGCAGCAGCACGGCUCCCUCUGGGACAACAGGAGGCUUCACCUUCUCCAGUGGCAGCACGGCUCAGGCGGGCACAGGCGGGUUCAGCAUCGGCACCGCGGCUCCGCAGGCCACGUCGGCAGGGCUGAGCUUCGGCACGGCCCCCGCGGCUGCUGCCACCACCAGCACGGCCACCCUGGCAGCUGCCACCCCGGCAGCAGCGCCCUUCAGCCUCGGGGGACAGCCCACAGGUCUAACCUUUGGGGCACAGCCUUCGACAGCAGCCACCAGUACAACCACAGCAACGCUGACCACAAGCACCAGCCAGGCACCCACCCUGUCCUUUGGAUCCAAGCUGGGAGUCACAUCCACUGCUGCCACCACGGCCUCCACCACCAGCACCACCUCAGUGCUGGGCUCCACGGGGCCCUCCUUGUUUGCAUCUGUGGCAACUUCUUCAGCCCCAGCCUCCUCCAGCAGCACGGGCCUCUCACUGGGUGCCACCUCCACUGGUUCCACUGGGACAGCAGCCAGUCUGGGGACACUUGGCUUUGGAUUAAAGGUUCCUGCAACCACGGCUGCCACAACAAGCACUGCCACAGGGACUACUUCUGCUUCGGGCUUUCCUUUGAAUCUGAAGCCAUUGACUACCACGGGUGCCAUUGGAGCUGUGACCUCCACAGCUGCCAUAACCACAACCACCACACCCAGUGCCCCCCCAGUGAUGACUUAUGCCCAGCUGGAGAGUUUGAUCAACAAGUGGAGCCUGGAACUGGAAGACCAAGAGAAGCACUUCCUGCAUCAGGCUACCCAGGUCAAUGCCUGGGACCGCAUGCUGAUAGAGAAUGGAGAGAAGAUUACUUCCCUACACAGAGAAGUAGAGAAGGUGAAGGUUGACCAGAAGAGACUGGAUCAGGAACUGGACUUCAUUCUGUCCCAGCAGAAGGAGCUGGAGGACUUGCUGACCCCUCUGGAGGAGUCUGUGAAGGAGCAGAGCGGGACCAUCUACCUGCAGCACGCCGAUGAGGAACGGGAGAGGACGUGAGGCACAGACCUGCUGGGGAUGGGGGAUGAGCACGGGCCUGUGCUCACAGCAGUCAGCAGGAGAUGGGCUUGGGAUGGGAGACAGGAUUGAGCUAUCAGGGCUGCUGUCAGAUAGUUAAUCCUGUUUUGUGCUUGGCAACUUUGAAGAAUUUACUCUUUAGAACAGUGAAUGGAGACCCUUGAAUCAGCAUGAAAACCUCUUUGGAUAUUGGUGUAAUCAGCUGUCUGGGAAGAGGUUACUAAUUUUGGCAUAAUCUUGGAAAGUUAAUGGUUCAUCAGUGCCAGCACUGGUGAGACCAGGGAACUAUGUGUGGCACAAGUCCCUCGUAAGGCUUUAGAGAUGCAUCA